AUGCGAUACACCGUUGACCUAUGCAAAUUUAUAGUAGCUGCAACCAAAUUUAAUACUUGGCAGGAAUCUUCAUUCCCGGACUGUCAUGUAACAGUCCAAAAUAACAUCGACAAGGAAUUGAGAGUUAAUGUUUCUGUAAAUCCUGACAUUGAAGUGUGUAUUUAUGAGCACAACAUCAAAAAUGCAGCCAGCAAUUAUAUGUGCGGCAUUAAUAUCGAAUUAGUGGCACAAUUGGUGUUUCAAGAAAUUCAGGUUUCAGUACUCGUUCAGAAACCGCUGAAAGUUGUUCCGUGUUCCCAUUUUUUUAGUAAUUUGGGCAACAGCACAAGGUUUUCUUCCUACGUUUUCUUAGACGAAGCUCUAGAUGUGCCUUCUUUGGAAGCUAGCAUAAAAAUAUCUGUGAUAACAAGUCUGGGAAUUCCCCGAACGAUUACGAAAUUAGCCAUGUUGCCUAUACAUUUAGUUCUGGAGUCUUGUACUCCAGAAAAGGACAAUAAACAUAAAAUUACUUUAGUAACUAAUCAACCUCCUAUAGGACUAAACAAUUUAUUUUCUGACUAUAACCAUGAUGGCCAAUCCUCACCAAACGCCAUAGGCUUUAGAAGUGCUUCAGGAAAUGCUGGAGCAAUUCUUUUAGCAAAAUCCUCAGAAAGAUAUCGAUUACAAUCAGACACAUUUACAAUGUUGAGCAUUAUGGUAGAACAAUUGAUAGUGCGCCUGAAAAAAUACUACAAUAAUGUGAUUGAUUUUAAAAUUUCUUUCAAUUCAUCUCUGCCUAGUAGUGAUAUUUUGUUUUAUGUUAAUAAGCAUUUUGAAACAAAGUUAUGUAUAAAUAAGUUACAGGGUAUCGUCUCUCAGCUCAGUGGCCAAUUUAGACUAAUCCAGAAACGACUUAUCGCCAAAUAUAGAGCAAAAAAUACUACUUCUUUAAAAUCUCUGGAACUAUUACUAAAUGACACUUAUUUAGAAAUUAUGGAAACUACUGAAAAAUUAGAUAAUGAAUUAGAGGUUCUGUCCAAAAGCCAAACAAAUUUAUCUUGUGCUCUAAAUUUACUGAAACAGUUAGUUGAAUUAUUUGCGAUGGACAGCGAUUUAUUGAAAAUGGUACAUUCGGCAUUUUGUAUUAAUGUCUAUGAUUUAGAUGGACAGUCCUGGGAAGACGUUAUGGAUGCUUCAUUAUGUUAUUUACUUCGUACAGUUAUGGCAAAAACUGAAAAAGAUAAAUUAAGAGCGCCUCAUACUAGUUUUGAUGAGGUUAAAGAUUUAACAAAAUUUGAAAAACAUUUAAGCCUAGUUUUAGAAAGAUUAUCUAAACAUGUUGGGUUAAAAGAAUCUGAUACGGUAUUCGAAGAAGUUGAAGCUCAAAAACAAGAUAACACUGAAAUUGAAGAAGACAAUCAGAGAGAUGAAAAACCUAUAGGAAGUCAAUACGGGGAAAUUAGUUUGCGACUACUUUCGGCGAGAAAAAGCUUGAUGAAGAGGCACCAAAUUAAAGACGAGCCCCAAAAUGGUUAA